AUGUUAUCAAAUUCAGGUUAUCCACUGGCGCUCCUCCAUCGCUCAAUACUAUACAAGAAGCCCACCCAAAUUCAACAUGGAUUUUUCGUAAUUACUGGAAUAUUGCUCUAUGUAUUUACUUACGGUCUUGACACCGUACAUAGCUUGAUUGCUGUUCUAUGCACGUACUUGAUAACAAACUUCAUGCCUGGAAAAACUGAAUCCAUUAUUGUAGCUCACGUUUCUCUGAUGGGUUAUCUAAUGGUUGCUUACUGGUUCGAAGAAUCAGACGGUUAUGAUAUCAUCUGGACAACACCAUUCUGUGUUAUGACAUUGCGGUUUAUCGGACUAGUGAUGGAUGUCUAUGAUGGUGUUCAUUGUAAAAAACUAAAAGAAGACCAGAAGAAUACUGCGAUACAGGAUAUUCCUGGCCUUCUUGAAAUCGCUGCUUUUGGAUUCUUCUACACAGGAACGUUCGCUGGACCUCAAUUCACGCUUAUUAAAUUUCGGCAAUGUAUAAACGGAGAAUGGCUUAAUGAACAGAAAGGACCAAGACAAUCGGCACUUCAAGCUUCCUUAUAUCGAUUCCUUGGCGGAUGCGUUUAUAUGGCUGUGAAUCAAUGCGGUACUGCCUGGGUUCCAAAUUCUUACUUCAACACUCAGGAAUUCUACAACCAGUCGUUCUUCUGGCGUUGGACGUGGGUAACGAUUUGGUUUCGUCUGGUUAUAAGUCGAUACUGUGCCAUGUGGAUGAUUACGGAGGGUGCGGCUAUACUUAAUGGACUGGGAUAUAAUGGAAAGGAUAAGAAUGGCGAAGAUCGAUGGGAUGGUGUUCGCGACAUACAUGUUUGGAAGUGGGAGACGGGCAGUGAUUUCACGUCCCAUAUUAUGCGUCGACUGCGAUGGUUAAAUAGUAAACCAGCAGCGCAUAUCAUCACGUUAGGCUAUUUAGCAAUUUGGCAUGGUUAUCAUCUCGGAUACUUUUUGCUGUUUGGCCUAGAGUUCGGUUGUAUGUUGGCGCAGAAACAACUAUACACGCUCAUCGACCAAAUGCCUGGUCUGGCUGAGUUUCUUGCUCGACCACAAGUAAGGCCUUUUACGUGGUUAUUUGGACGACUGACUGUUCUUUACAGUAUGAGUUUUGGAUUUCUUACUUUUGGCCUCGUGAAGACAAGAUACUGGAUAGGAGUGAGUGAUACACUUUUUAUCCAUUAA